CUGCCUCGCGCUGGUCGAUGGACAUACGUCCGUUGUAUCAUCAUCUAUAUUCGUUUGUUUAAUUCGUAAUUAAAUUUUAUUAUUGUUACUCUAUAUGGCUGACAGUACUUUAAUUUAAGGUAAAUUUGGCAACUCGUUUUAAGCCACGCACCAAAAUCUUUCUCCACAUUUCUCAAUGCUGCAUCUUUUCUACAUUUCUGUGUUGGAUGCGAAAAAGAAAACAUCAUUUUAAUUUCUGCGGUUAUAUCUUGGGAUCAUCAGCUGGUGCGAAAUCUACUAGAUGAAAACCAAGAAUUUUCUUUUUCAGUUAAGCAGAAAAAAUCUUUUGCAUGUAAUUUGCAAUGAAUCAAAGAAGUCUGAAGGAAAUUGUGAGCAGCUAACAUUUUUCAACAUAAAGAAAUCAAUUAUUUACAUGUUGGUAGAUGCUGGAGUUGACCUUGAACAACUUGAUGAGGCUGGCAACACAUGUUUAUUCUAUGUUGUGAAGAAUGAAGAUUGUGUGAUAUGUGAUGUUCUUCUGCAGUGUGGAGCAGAUAUGUGGGCAGAGACUGAGUUUGGUAUAUCUGUGUACGAAUAUGCUAACAGUUCGUCAUCUGAUGAGAUGAAAGAUAUAUUCCGUAAAUAUUUUCCAGGUCUUUGGAAAUCGGUUGAAUGUGAGGAUAUUUAUCAAGUUCGAAGACUAAUAAAUCUAUGGUGUAGAACAGAUCUUUCAAAAGAUGGAGCAAUGCUUAAAGAUAUUGCUCUUAGUACUGGAAAUGAAGAGAUAAUAAAUUUAAUUCUUGGCAUAUUUGAUUCUAUGAAAUUAAUAUAUCAUAUUUUUGCAAAGAAUGUAAAAGCAGUUCGUUUAUUACUUGAAACUAACCAUCAAAGGGUGAGGCUUGAUCUUAGAAAAAUGAGUGAUAGAGGAGCUCCCAUUAUAUAUUAUCUUAUUCAAUCAGAAGAAAUAGCUAUCAUUGAACUUUUUAUACAUCAUGGAUGUCAGCUUUAUACAAUAAUGCAAGAUGAUUUGGGGCAUGACAUGCCUGUGCUGUUUUCAGCUUUGAAAGCAGAAACACCUGUGAAUGUAGUUGAAGCUCUUUUACCUCCAUGUAAACCACUUCAGGAAGAAAUGCUCUACAAAAUUCUAUACAGGGGUUAUACUGUAUUGGAAGUAGCAUUAGCUGAAAAUGUAAACCUAGAAGUUUUCAGUUUAUUAAUUGAUAGAGGAGGUCCACUACUUCUUUGUGAAAGAAAUCAGAUGAAUCAAACAGUGAGGGACUUGGCUAUUGCUUCUUGUAAAGAACAGUAUCUGGAUAUUAUCGACUCGAGUGUCUCAUCUUGGAUUCUUUACCCCUGGAAAUAUCCUGGGAGAAGACUGAAAUUGGCAUUGUAUGGGUGGAAUCUGGAAGCCAUUGAGGAAGAAUUAAAAAGGAAUUUAUAUGUGGAUGAUUAUUUUGUUCAUCACAAGCCAUUACAAAUACAAAUGAAGCAAUUAGCUGAUGCUAUAGAGAAAGGUGACAUGAAGACAUUUCUGGAAAUAGAAUCAUCUUUGUCUGAAUUAGAUGAUUCUGCAAAUUUUUUAUGGCAUGGAAGAGUUGUGGAUGAUGGAAUGCCUCAUCUUCACAGGGCAGUACUUCACAAUCAAUUGAAAAUGGUGGAAAUAAUUCUUUCUGCAAAGCCAUCAAAAGAAUCGAUUGAUAAUUUGUUUGAUCAGAUGAUCCAUGUGAAUAGAGAUCUAACCAAUAGUAUGGAGCAUGCUAGUCCCCAAAGGAGGAAAAACGGCCAAUAUAGUUUACAAAGAAAUAUUAUGAAGCAAGCUGAAUUUGAUUUUCAUAACAGAUUAUGCAUAGUUGAUAAAAAAAUAAAGUGUGGAACAAAUCGUCGCACAGCUCUUCAUUAUGCAUAUGCAAGUGCUUCUAUGAAAGAAAUUAGAAAACUUCUGAUGACUUAUGGUUGUUCAGAACAUGUUUUAGAUAAAAUAAAUCGAGAGCCCUUGGACUUCAGAGACAAACAAGACAGUCCUGAUAUGAUUCAGCUUCUUCAUAGGUUGAAAUCAAAAGAUUUCAGCUGGUGCGAAAAUGAUCCCUGGAGAAAUGAGAGAUGUGUCGAUGAGAGCAGCUAUUCAGAGGAAGAGCAGUCUGCUGAUCAGGAGAGUGAAUUGUCAGAGGAAGAUGAAAUGAUAAGAACAAGAUCUUGUGCGAUUUCUUGAGUUCUUGUUUCAUAUCCAUAUAUACAUUUUAAAAUCAAAAUGGUCUUGAACGAUCUGGCCAAACGUUUGUAGCCUUAUACAUUCAAGUCCUUAUUGCAAUCUCACUAGAAAGGAGAAUAAUAAUGGUGCAUAAUCAGUUGAAGGUUGUUUUUCAUUUGACCACUGUCCAUGUCCAAGAUGAAUUCUUGAUUUGGAGUAGUUUUUAUGUACUGGUACUGUGAUAAUAUUGGCUGUACAGUAAAUGAGAAACUAAUCAAUAAAAAUCAUAAAAUGA